AACAGAAAGAAAGAGAGAGAGAGAAAGAGAGAGAGGGAAACUCUUCGUUCACAACACAACUCCUCCUUUAUGCAUUCAUUCGCAUCAUCAUCGUCAUCUUCUUCAUCUUCAUAUUCAAUUUCAUCAUCUUCUUCAUCUUCAUAUUCAAUUUCAUCAUCUUCAUCCCAACCCUAUCCAAUUCAAUUCUCCAAUGAAUUCCUUUCGCGGAUCACAAAACCGAAACAAACACGCUCAAAUCCCGCGUCAACCCCGACCUACCACCGACGAAAAACCCAUGAAUCCGCCGGCAGGGCCGCCCGCAUUGCGCUUCCGCUCCCUCUCAACCUGCAGCCACAACCGCCCCUCCGCUUCCCGCGUAGUGCAGCGCUCCGCCUCGGCGCGCAUCACCCGACAGCACACCACCACACGCGGCGAGGUAAUGCUAAGCGACAUCGUCGGGAACGGCAUCUCCGGCAUCCUUCACAAGUGGGUGAACUACGGGCGCGGGUGGCGCCCCCGCUGGUUCGUCCUCCACGACGGCGUGCUCUCCUACUACAAGAUCCACGGCCCCGACAAGCUAGUCCUCAACCAAGACGUCGAGGACGGUUCCAUGGUCAUCGGCGAGGAGUCUCUCCGCCGCAUCAAUAGCCACCGCCACUGCCCCUCCCGCAGUCGCAAACCCGUCAGCGAAAUCCAUCUCAUGGUGUGUUCGGUGCAAGAGAACAGUUCAGAUAAGAGGAGGUUUUCUGUGUGUACGGGGACGAAGAAGAGACUGCAUUUGAGGGCGGAGAGUAAGGAAGACAGAGCAAUGUGGGUGGAUGCAAUGAUGGCAGUGAAGGACAUGUAUCCUCGGUUGCCCAAUGCAGAGGUUUUGUCACCCGUGGCAUCAGUGGCUAUUUCCACUGAAAAAUUGAGAGAGAGGCUUUUAGAAGAGGGUGUGAGUGAAGCUACAAUCGGGGAAUGUGAGGAAAUCAUGAAAUCCGAGUUCUCUCAGUUGAAGAAGCAAAUGGUGGCUCUCAAGCACAAGCAUUUGCUACUAAUAGACACGUUACGCCAGUUAGAGUCAGAGAAAGUUGAUUUGGAGAACACACUUAUCGAAGACCAAAGGCAAUCAAAGGAUGGUGCAGAUACUCAUCCAUUAACGCAAGAAAAAUAUAGCGAGGGAAGUGGGGAAGAUUCUUCUGAUGAGAACGAUAGGCUGGAUCCUUCAGACGACGAGGACGAUGCAUUCUUUGAUACAUGUGAAAUUCUAUCAACAGGGUCAGAUCACCUGAGAUCCUGCCAUGAUUCUGAGCAGGAUGAGAGUGGUCCAAAUGAGAUAUGUGAUGAAAAGUCACCCAUUGGAUCUGUUGGAUUUAACUAUCCUCAAAUCAAGCGACGAAAGAAGUUGCCCGACCCUGUUGAGAAAGAAAGUAGCAUCAGUCUAUGGUCAAUCAUAAAAGAUAAUAUCGGGAAGGAUCUUACAAAAGUUUGUCUUCCAGUUUACUUUAACGAGCCUCUCUCCUCACUGCAGAAAUGUUUUGAAGAUGUUGAGUACUCUUACCUUCUAGACCAAGCAUAUGAAUGGGGUAAAAUGGGUGAUGGUUUGAAGAGGAUGAUACAUGUAGCUGGAUUUGCAGCUUCGGCAUAUGCUAGCACAAAAGGUAGAAGUUGCAAACCAUUUAAUCCACUAUUGGGAGAGACAUAUGAAGCAGAUUACCCAGACAAAGGCAUUCGCUUUAUCUCUGAGAAGGUCAGUCAUCACCCCAUGAUUGUAGCAUGCCAUUGUGAGGGCAGGGGCUGGAAAUUUUGGGGUGACGUCAAUUUAAAAAGUAAAUUUUGGGGUCGUUCAAUCCAGCUUGAUCCUAUUGGUGUAUUGACAGUUGAGUUUGAUGAUGGAGAAACCAUUCAUUGGAGCAAGGUAACAACAUCUAUUUACAACCUCAUUUUAGGAAAACUCUACUGCGACCAUUAUGGUACAAUGCGCCUAGAGGGGAACACUAGCUAUGUAUGUAAGAUCAAAUUCAAGGAGCAGUCAAUCAUUGAUAGGAAUCCUCACCAGAUUCAUGGCGUAGUGGAGGAUAAGAAAAGUAAAACAGUGGCAACUCUAAUUGGGAAGUGGGAUGAGAGUUUGCACUGCGUAAUUGGAGGGGGUUUUGGGAAAGGAAAAGGGUCCGAUGAGUCAUCAAAACCACAUCUUCUGUGGAAGAAGAACCCGUCACCAGAGCACCCCACAAGAUAUAACUUCACACAAUUUGCUAUUACACUCAAUGAAAUCACACCUGAACUAAAGGAGAAGUUGCCACCGACAGAUUCAAGGCUAAGACCUGAUCAAAGGUGUUUGGAGAAUGGACAGCAUGAAAUGGCCAAUUCUGAAAAGUUGCGGCUUGAACAAAGACAGCGGCAGGCACGAAGGAUGCAAGAAAAGGGUUGGAAACCAAGGUGGUUUGCUAAGGAAAAAGGCAGCAUCUCUUACCGUUAUAUUGGAGGGUACUGGGAGAGUAGGGAUAAGGGGAAUUGGGAAUCCUGUCCUGACAUUUUUGGUCAAUACUCAACCGAUACUGAUGUUAACCCAACUCCAUAAAUUCUCAUCCCUUUUUUACCUUAGAUUUCUACCUGCUGCCCCUAACACCACACCCUUUUGAUCAAAAUAUACAUUCGUAACCAUAUUUAUGAUCACAACUUCUUUUAGCAUUCAACAAAUAUGGUUGAUUACUGCCUUCGUGUACAGGUAUAUAGAUAUGUACAAAAACAGUGGUUCUCAUUUCUUCUCAACAAGGCAACCUCCCAU